UUCACGUCCGACGCAAUUAUAAUACUUUGAUAUUUUCUCUCUCUCUCCCAUCUUCAGAAAAAGUCAAAUCUUCCCAACUCCGGCCACAUUCGCCGGCCGGACCCCAUUCCAAUCAUUCAUACGGUCAUACCAGUACCAUCAUUUCAAAACUAUUUCAAAGAUGCGUUUUUCCUACUCUUGUAUCUACCCCUUUCUUUAACCUUCCUUUUUCAACACUCAACCAUUGUUCUCCCACCACCGCCACCGCCGCCGCCGCCGCCGCUCCUGUUUAUAAUCUCAUCUCCAUCUUUUUUCCAUUAAAACACCGGUUAAUGGAAUGACGGAUUACCGCCUUCCCACCACAAUGAACGUAUGGAACAUAGACGAUAACGUCAUGAUGGAUGCUUUUAUAAGCUCCGAUAUGUCAUCAUCCUAUUGGGGUAACAAUCCAUCUACCCCAAUAACAUCUUCAGUUGCUCCUCCAUCAUCACCAUCGGCUUCCACUAGUACAAACGAUGUUCACAAACCCACAAUACCCCUUGAUUCACACCAUCAAGACACUUUGCAGCAACGUCUUCAGAGUUUGAUUGACAACGCUACUGUUUCAUGGACUUACGCCAUCUUUUGGCAAUCAUCGAUGGUGGAUUAUAGUUAUACAAACCCAAACCCAAACCCAAAUUCAAACCCUAGUGUGUUAGGGUGGGGUGAUGGGUAUUAUAAAGGAGAAGUGAAUAAACCCAAAACGACACCGUCUGCUGCGUCUUUUGCGGAACAGGAGCAUAGGAAGAAGGUGCUUCGUGAGCUGAAUUCGUUGAUUUCCGGCUCACAGAUGCCGGAAAAUGACGUGGUGGAUGAAGAAGUUACUGAUACUGAAUGGUUUUUUCUUAUUUCUAUGACGCACUCGUUUGUUAACGGUGAUGGGCUGCCCGGUCAAGCGAUGUUUAGUAACCAACCGGUUUGGAUUGCGGGACGGGAUAAACUGGUGGCUUCACAUUGUGAACGUGCACGGCAAGGUCAGAAUUUCGGGUUGCAAACUAUUGUUUGUGUUCCGUAUACAAACGGAGUUGUGGAGUUAGGUUCAACGGAGUUGAUUUUUCAGAGCUCUAAUCUCAUGAAUGAAAUUCGAGUUUUGUUUACUUUUAAUAAUAAUAAUAAUAAUAACAACCCUCCAGAUUUGACUCUGGUGAACGCAGAUCAGAGACAUGCUGAUGGAGAAACCGAUCCGUCUUCGUUGUGGCUUGCUGAUCCGGUACCGGUAUCUGUACCGGUACCGGGUACGGCCACAACUGGAGAAAUGAAAGAUUCUUUUGAUGUAACUGUAACCGCGGUUGUUGCGCAACCGACAAAUUCGAAACCAAACGAAAACCCUAGCUCCUUAGUGCACAAUUCGUACAAUUCGCAGAAUUCGAAUCGGCAAUCGAUUCAGAAUCAAGGUAUGUUUGGUACAAGGGAAUUGAAUUUCUCCGAGUUUGGAUCUGUGGAUGGAACUAGUGGAGGGAAAGUUGGGAGUUCUUCUCAUUCGUGUAAGCCGGAAUCUAUGGAGCUUCUUACGUUUGGUGAGAGUAAGAAGAGUGGUGGCAGCAAUGGAACUGUGGUUUCGGGUUUGGGUCAAUCGUUGUUUAUAGGUGGACAGGAUAACGGGAACAAGAAGAAGAGGCCGCCUGCGUUACGAGGAAUUAACGAAGAAGGAAUGUUAUCGUUCGGCUCUGAGAAAGAAAAACCGGGUAACGGGUUGAAGAACGGAGUGGAUUUUGAGCUAGAGGCGUCGAUAGGAAGAGAGCCGGAGAAUCGUCCUGCGGUGGAUCCUGAGAAGCCACGAAAGCGAGGGAGAAAGCCUGCAAACGGGCGUGAAGAGCCGUUGAAUCACGUUGAAGCGGAGAGACAAAGAAGGGAGAAACUGAACCAGAAAUUCUACGCCCUUCGAGCUGUGGUCCCAAAUGUUUCGAAAAUGGACAAAGCGUCACUUCUUGGAGACGCCAUUGCGUACAUCAACGACCUCAAGUCGAAGCUUCAAACGACAGAAACAGAUAAAGAAGAAUUGAAAGCCCGACUUGAUGGUGUCAAGAAAGAGUUAUUAACUAAAGAUUCAAGGCAAUCAUCUUCAUCCACGGUUUCACCACUCGAAGACGCCAAAAUUGCAAAUGCAAAUACAAAUAUCAAAGAUUUGGACAUAGAUGUCAAGAUCAUCGGGUGGGAAGCGAUGAUCAGGGUCCAAUGUAACCGGAAAAACCAUCCUGCUUCGCGUCUAAUGUCUGCAUUGAAAGAGAUGGAUCUGGACCUCCACCAUGCCAGUGUAUCGGUUGUGAACGAAUUGAUGAUGCAACAAGCGACGGUGAAAAUGGGUAGUCGAUUUUACACGCAAGAUCAGCUACGAAUCGCAUUGACGAACAAAAUCUUGGGAUGUUAGUUAAGUUUGUCUACAAGUUCCUCCUGGGUAAUUUUGGGAAGGUACCCAAGAAGCAGGAUUUUGGUGUAACAUAAACAUAGUAUAGUUUUUGCUUCUUGUUUCAUGUUCUGUUUUUAGUAAUUAGCAUUAUUCAAACUAUUUGUUCUUAUGUGGUUACUGUUCCAUGGUGGUUGUAUAUAUCAUUAGGGCUGAUUUGCCCUCUUUCUUAAAUUAGAUUAUUAAAAACCAAUUAUUAUUCUUGCAA